CUUGCUGUGAUCUGAACGCAGGAGGAGGACAUUCAGUUCACUUCAGGAUGAGACGAUCCAGAUUGUUUUUAUGAACCUCCUGUGGAUUUACAGAAGCAUGGAGAUGAUCCGAGUUCUGCUGGUUCUGCUGGUUCUGGGGUCUGCAGAGGGCAGGAGGGUUCGGGGUCAGCGGACUCAGACACCCGAGAGCUUUCCUCUGGACUUCACAGCUGUGGAGGGAAACGUGGAGAGCUUCAUGACUCAGGUGAAGAACUUGGCUCAAUCCCUGUAUCCCUGCUCGACUCAGAAACUGGACCAGGAGAUGAAGCUUCAGUUCCUGAGGAACACAUCGGUCACCUGUAAUGAUGGUUCACCUGCUGGCUACUACAUAAAGGAGUCACGAGGCAGCCGGCGAUGGCUGAUGUUCCUGGAGGGUGGCUGGUACUGCUUCAGUAAACACACCUGUGACAGCAGAUACGAGACCAUGAGGCGACUCAUGAGCUCCAGCAAAUGGCCUCUCACCAGGACAGGAACAGGGAUCCUGUCGUCUCAGCCCGAGGAGAAUCCACACUGGUGGAACGCUAACACAGUGUUUGUGCCGUACUGCUCCAGUGAUGUUUGGAGCGGCUCCACAGCGAAGACAGACCAGAAUGAAUAUGCAUUCAUGGGUUCUCAGAUCAUUGAGGAGGUCAUUAAGGAGCUGGUGACCAAAGGUCUGGACGGUGCUAAAGUGCUGCUGCUAGCCGGGAGCAGUGCCGGUGGUACCGGGGUGCUGCUGAAUGUGGACCGUGUGUCGGAGCUGCUGGAGGAUCUGGGUCUCGGUUCGGUCCAGGUUCGGGGUCUGGCGGACUCGGGCUGGUUUCUGGAUCAUAAACAGUACCGCUUCACCGACUGCAUCGACACGAUCAGCUGUGCUCCGACAGAGGCCAUCAAGAGAGGAGUGCGAUAUUGGAACAGCGUGGUUCCGGAGCGCUGCAGUCACGUGUAUAACGGCGAGGACUGGAACUGCUUCUUUGGCUAUAAGGUUCAGCCCACACUCAAGAGGCCGGUGUUUGUGGUUCAGUGGUUGUUCGAUGAGGCUCAGCUGAUGGUUGAUAAUGUCCAUCUGACGGGUCAGCCGGUGCAGGAGGGUCAGUGGAGAUACAUCCAGAACCUGGGCAGUGAACUCAGAAACACUCUCAAAAACGUCCCGGCCAUGUUUGCUCCCGCCUGUUUGUCUCAUGAGAUCAUCACAAGAAGUUAUUGGAUGGACAUCCAUGUUAAAGGUACCUCACUUCCUCGAGCGCUGCAGUGCUGGGACCGCAGCCUCCGUCACCACGGCAACAGCAGCAGCAGCAGCAUUCAGGCUCCGCCCCGGGGCUGCCCCCUUCACUUGAUUGACAGCUGCCCGUGGCCCCACUGCAACCCCUCCUGCCCCACCAUCAGAGAGCAGCUGACGGGGCAAGAGAUGAGCGUCAUCCAGUUCCUCACGCACCUGGGCUUCGAUGUGCAGCGCGUGGCACAGCAGCAGGGCAUGGAGCCCCACAAACUACUGGGCAUGCUCAGUAACGGCACCUGACUGGAGCAGCUGAUGUGUGUCCAAUGACUGAUGAUCAGUGAGGGGGCCAAAAAUCAGGAUUCAGUGAAGCUAAAAUAAUCCCAAAUCCAGACAGAACAUUUCCAAUGAGGGACAAUAUUACUUCUAUAAGGACAAGGUUUUUGACCUUUGUUUAAAAUUAGGCAUUUAGUAGAUGUUUUAUUCUUACUAUUUUUAGAUUAUGGCAGAAAUAGUAAGAGUUGCAUGAUAGUAGUACCUUGUUCUGAAAACAGCAACUUUAGCCAUUGAAUCACUGACAGCAGUUUUGUUAGAAAAUACUGGUUUGUUUGGGAGCAACUGUAAUAGUUUGUAAUAGAGCAACUGACAUGCUUUAUGAAUGAGUCAUUGAAUCAUUGACUCAACCGAUUCAUUCAAAAAAGAUGAUUAAUUCAGCAAAAAAUGAACUGUCUUUACAAAUGAGUCAUUGAAUCAUUGACUCAACCGAUUCAUUAAAAACAGAUGAUUCAUUCGGCAAAAAAGUAACUGUCUUUACAAAUGAGUCAUUGAAUCAUUGACUCAACCGAUUAAUUCAAAACAGAUGAUUCAUUCGGCAACAAAGUAACUGUCUUUAUAAAUGAGUCAUUGAAUCAUUGACUCAACCGAUUCAUUCAAAACAGAUGAUUCAUUCGGCAACAAAGUAACUGUCUUUAUAAAUGAGUCAUUGAAUCAUUGACUUAACUGAUUCAUUCAAAACAGAUGAUUCAUUCGGCAACAAAGUAACUGCCUUUCUUUACAAAUGAGUCAUUGAAUCAUUGACUCAACUGAUUCAUUCAAAACAGAUGAUUAAUUCGGCAACAAAGUAACUGACUGUCUUUACAAAUGAGUCAUUGAAUCAUUGACUCAACCGAUUCAUUCAAAAAAAAAAGAUGAUUAAUUCGGCAACAAAGUAACUGUCUUUACAAAUGAGUCAUUGAAUCAUUGACUCAACCGAUUCAUUCAAAAAGAUGGUUAAUUUGCCAUUUUAAGCCAGUGACUUGCUGAAUUCAGAAACCUAUACUAGUAUACAACUCUUACUAAUUGUAGGACAUCUUUGCAUGGCAUAAAUAGUAAGAGUUGAGAGUUAGUAGUACAAGACUGUCACAACUGUCUUUAUGAAUGGAUCAAUGAAUCAAUUACAAAACAAUUCAUUAAAAAAACGGUUUUAUAAAUGAAUCAUUAAAUCAUUGAUUCACCAGAAUUCUUUAAAAUGAUUGAUUCAUUCAGGUACGAAGCAAGUGACAGUCUUUAUGAAUAAGUGACUGAAUCAUUGACUCAACUGAUUUGUUCUAAAAAGCUGAAUAAUUCAGGAACCAAACUCCACUGUGUUGAACAGAGAUGCAAUGGUUAUGCUGUUUUGCUGGUGGAAUAUUGUGUCAAAAAUGUAUGUCUCUUAAUAUUAAUUUAUACAGUACAUUUAUUAAUUAUAUAUCAUUGUAUACCAAUAGACAUGCAUUACAGACUGGACUGUCUGACCAUAAACCCAGCAUACAGCCACCUUAUAAAGAGCUAAGGUCUCCAUAUUCUCCAGAAUCAGGUUAACAGUGGCGCCCUCUACUGGACACUCCAUGGACUGCAGCAACAGCAGACACUUGUGUCUUUCUCUGCGGAUGAAGGACGGGUCAAACUCUCUGAUGCUUUCACUUCAUCCCAUAAUAAUGAAGCACUUUCACAACAACCUCAGAUAAAUACUGGACAUUCAGAGACCACCAUCAUCAGAGACACAAACAUGUUUAUAUGAACAUCUCUCACUGAGCUGACUGGAUAAAUUAUCUAGAGAAGACAACGGCUGCUUGAAUCACAGAAUCUCACCAAACCUGUCAAGAACAUGCACAAUGUGUGUGUGUAGUAUAUUAUAUUAUUAAAAAGUAAAAAAUAAAUAAAUACAUGUUAAUAAAAAAUGAAUACUUUAAAUAUUAAAAAAAAUAUUUUUUUGUAUAAAAAAAAAUAUAUUUGCAAUGUUCUUGACAGGUUUCUUGACAUUCACCUUCAGCUUUUCUAUUGUGAUUUGUAGAAUAUGUUCGAACAUAAGACAAACUUAAGCUACAUUAUGUUAUUUAUUUUAUGUAAAUCAUAUUUAUGAGUGUUUCAGAAAGAAGCGAUUUUGUGUAAAAUGUAUAUACCUGUUGAACAUCGCCGUUUCAUUUGCAUGCCUUCAUAAAAGAUAUUAAUUAUUAUCA